AUGGCGGGGGGAGACACUAUAGCGUCCCCACAAACCGACCUUGAUGAGGAUCACCGGAACAGCUUCAUCAAAGCACUCCUUCGCAUAUUGCAUACAGAAGUUGCAGAGCUUACGUACGCUGAGAUACUAGAUGGACUCCCUACCUCUGCUUCCUACUUUGACUUUUUCUAUAAACAGGAGGGGCAUCCGGCAAUUAACCACACAGAGCUUUGUCCAGGCGUCCUGAAUCGUACCUAUCAGCUUCGCGAUCAGUUUGACCUAACAACGCUACAUUUCCCCUCCUCUCUCCUAUCAUCCUUCCAAGCCACCCAACUAGGCACAAGGGGGUUCUUACUAAGACUCCUCGAGCUUCUGGCUGUGUCAUGCCACCAGAUCGCCGUGUAUAUAUUCCAGCGGGGGGAGUCCCGUCACCAUGAAGAAUACGAACGAUGGCGCGACGAGCCUCGGGAGCGGAACCAAUGGGACUGGUACCGCGGGCCCUCUGCGUUUUGCCACCGAUCAUAUCUUGCGAGUGAGCAGUACCCAAAUGGUGUUGCGGAUGUGGUAGGCUACUGGGCUGAAGCAAGGAUAUUUGGCGGCGUUGUUGUGUUUGAUAGAGGCGAGACAGACACCGAGUGUCGGGAAGUAUACUUACACUCGUCUCGGAUUAGAGGACCACAGACGUUAUAUCCCCCUACAUCUAUACAAUCCGAUAAUCUAAUGCGAUUCCUGCUUGGCGAGGCGGAGUUGGGUGACGCGACACCGCUUCCGAUUCUUGCUUCUGCGGAUAACCGCUGGCGCUGGGAUGCCUGGGACGCCUUCUCGCGCUUUCAUAUAUACCGCGAUCGAUAUGAGCGGAGGGUUAGUCCGACCAAACCUCGCAAGGACUGCAGGUCGGCCACGGACUGGCCCGAAAUUACGGAUCAGUAUAUUCUUCUCAAUGCCAUGUACGAUCGUCAGGAAGGCAAGCCGGUCGACGAGAAGGAGGUUGUGGCUGCGGAGGAGCGUCUUCGACAGAUUACACCGUCGUCUCCUGCCUGGCUUGACAACAACCCGGAAUAA